CGGCCGGCUGGCCAGCCAGCCAGCGAGCUCAUGGAGGGCGGAGGCGAGCCGGGCGGGGCGGUGGAGGAUGAGGCGGCCUGCACCUCGGCUUCGGAGGGCCUGGAGGAGGGCGAGGUGGAGGGCGAGACGCUUCUGAUGGUGGAGUCAGAGGACCAGGGCUCGCACGACCACAGCGGUGACUCCCUUGCCAGCGACCCGGGCGACGAGGCGGACGCCGUCUGGGCCUGCGACCGCUUAGCCUUUUACUGCGAGCGAUGCCACAAGUGGAUUCCUGCAGCUCAUCUCCACGGCAACCAGCCCAGCUACCUGAAGGGCGACAACUUCUUCAAGUUUGUCUGCCGCGACUGCUCCGAGGACGGCGAAGAGACCUUCGAGAGGAUGCGCCUCACCUGGCAGCAGGUGGUCAUGCUGGCCAUGUACAAUCUGUCGCUGGAGGGAACCGGGCGCCAAGGCUACUUCCGCUGGAAGGAGGACAUCUGCGCCUUCAUUGGCCGCCACUGGAACUUCCUCUUGGGAUCCAGGAAAAAGACCUCCACCUGGUGGAGCACUGUAGCGGGUUGUUUGUCGGUGGGAAGUCCCGCGUUCUUCCGCUCGGGGGCGCAAGAAUUCAGCGAGCCGGGGUGGUGGAAGCUGGUCCACAACCGACCACCCAUCCUGCGAAGCCCCGGCCCCAAGGCGGCCGCCAAGCUUAAAGGCGCGGCGGCGGCGUGCAAAACUGCGGCGGAGCCCACCGUGGCUGUGGAAGGUCUGCGCAAGCGGGGCGGCGGCAGGAACCCGGUGGAGACGGCCAUGCAGCUGAAGGAGAAACGCUCGCGGACGCAGGAGGCCAAAGAUAUCCGGCGGGCUCAGAAAGAGGCGGGCUUUGCCGAACGCGCCGCAGCUUCUGCGCCCGUCACGAUGGGCGGCGGGCGCGGCGCGGGGGGCGUACAACGCCUGCCGGACGCGCUCCUGGAAAAAGGCGAGGUGGUUGAAUUCUCCUCCGUCAGUUCUUCAGACAGGACGCCCCUGACCAGCCCGUCGCCGUCCCCCUCGCCCGACUUCUCGGCCCCCGGGACGCCGGCAUCUCACUCCGCCCCGCCUAGCCUGCUGUCGGAGGCUGACCUCAUCCCAGACGCCAUGCCGCCUCGAGCGCUCUUUCACGACGACGAGGAGAUGGAGGCCGUGAUCGACCCCGGCAUGGAGUACGCCCCUCCCCCCGCCGCCUUGGUACGCAAGAAACUGCGCCCGGCGCCACCUCACAUCAAGCGGGAGGUGGACAGCGAGGACGACGACGGGCGCCGGGGCGACUCGGAAGAAGCGGCAGGGCUGCGGGGCCCGGAGCGCAAGAGGUCGGCCCGCUGCGACAAAAGACACGGGAGCCCCGGGAUUCCUCGCCACGCCCGCAUCAGCCCGUACGACGAGCGGAUGCUGCGGCGCCGUCUGGACGCGUGUCCUCUGGCGCUGGCUGUCACGCCGCAGGCCUGCCGCCUCCGCCGUAAACUGAUAGUGCGCCAGGCCAAGCGGCAGCACGGACUCCCCCUGCUGGACAUUGACCGCGCGCUCAGCCUGGCGGGAGGAGCGUACGGCGCCGCGGCCCGGGAGACGGGCGGCGCCGCGUCCCGGGAUCUGCGGGUCUUGGACCGCUUCCAGGUGAAAGGUCCGGCUCGGCGCGGCCUGCCCUCUCCACGGCUGUCUUUCGGCUGUCGCCUGACGGGAGCCGACGGCGCUUCGGAGCAGAGCAUCAAGAGCCCGUACACGUCCCGCCUCCUCAAACCCUACAUCAGGCGCGACUACGAGAGCCGGCCCCUCAAGAUGCGUCUGCUGGCCGAGAUCCGAGCGCACCCCCACCGCCGUGACCCCGACUGGAUCCCGGAGCCCGACGCCCCCCUGGACUACUGCUACGUACGACCCAGUCACAUCGCCUCGGUCAACGCCAUGUGUCGCCAAGGCUUCUGGCCAGACUUGCAUGGGCAAGGACGUGACGCUUCACGUGUCCGCCGGCAAUCCCGCCAUGUUGCUCUACCAGAAGUUCGGCUUCCAGGCCGAGGAGUACAUCCUGGACUUUUACGACAAGUAUUACGCGGUGGACAGUACCGAGUGUCGCCACGCCUUCUUCCUGCGAUUGCGACGCUGAGCCUGCCCGGUCAAAAGUCAACAUGUGUACGCACGAGGGUUAGGGUUCUUUCUUUGGUUCCCCGCUCGCGUCUCGCUGUCGCGAUCGGAGAGAGUUUAAGGCUCCGCCUGUGCCAAGGACCCGGACGGCUCCUCCGCCAUCGACGUGGCAGCGGAAAGGGCCCAAUGUGACCUUGUGACAUUCUGGUAAUGACCAUUGGAUGUUGCUUCACAUACAUGGAUGAAAGUCAAAGUGCUUCAGCUGAGUUCGGAUCAGACCCGACCGCCCGUAGUGGGGUUAUCGGCGACGACCAGAGCUACGUUGAUCCGGCGCGUCACGACUAUGUAAGGACAGAGACAUCGUUGCCACGUUCGAGUGGCACUGCCAAAGUAUUUUAUUUCGAGGCCAGGGAGUUUUCAACUCAUUGUUUCUGCCCUAGAGUCACCCUUCAUGUCUUCUGAAUAAACACUUGUACUUAGUCAA